AGCCCUCCGGCGGCGCGGCGGCCCGGCGCCCUGGGGGGAGGGGCGCACCGCGCCUUCGCGGCGCGGGGGUGGGUGGGUGCGGCCCCGCGCGAUGGCGCAGACGCGGCCGGGGGUGUACUUCUGCCAGCAGGCCGCGAGGCGCGUGUCCCCGGUGCCGGGAGGCGAUGGCGGGCGCCACCGCUUCAUGGUGGGCACCUGCUCCCUGCAGCGGAAGAACGAGGUGCACCUCGUCGAGUUCUCCGAGGAGACUGCGGAGGUGGUCCUGCAGCAGGUCCUGCCGCAUGCGGACGAGAUGUGGCAGCUCAGCGUCUCGCCCACCGACGCCCGCCGGGUGCUCACCUACGCCAGCGGCAAGGCUGGCGGCCCUGGGGCCCUCCGCCUCUGGCGGGCUGGAGACAGGGGCGCGCAGGAGGGGAGACUGGAGCUCCUGAGCAGCCUCCAGCAGGACGACACCGAGGCGCCCCUGGGCCCCGUCAAGAGCCUGCUGUGGGACCCACACCACGAGGGGAACGUGCUCGUGGCGGGCGCGGAGACCGUCCAGGUCUUCCAGUGCACGCAGGGCAAGAUGACGCGAGUGUCGGCCCUCCAGGCCGAGCCUGGCCGAGGCCACGAGCUGACCCGGUGUCACGCCGCGUGCCUGGACCCGCACCACCCUCAGCAGGUGAGCACGGUGGACGACACGCACCUCAAGACGUGGGACCUGCGGUCGAGCCGCCUCGCCUUCCGGAGGGACAACGCUCACCUGUUCGGCGCGCGGGACGUGGAUUACAAUCCGAACGUGCCGUACCAGGUCCUCACGGCGGGCGAGGACGCGGUGCUGCGGUUUUGGGACCUGAGGAACAGCAGCAAGUGCCUGUUGGCCUUGAGCGGUGGCCACCACCACUGGAUCGUGCACGCGCGCUACAACCACCACCAUGACCAGCUGGUGUUGAGCUGCGGCGCGGACUCGGCGGUGUGCCUGUGGCGGGCGGGUUCGGUGGCAUCGCAGCCGCUGGAUCGCCUACUGGACCGCCCAGCGAGUUCUGUCUUCGUCAAGCGGCAAGGCUCCUCCUGCGCUGCAGGCGAAGAUGGUGCCUCGCGACCGCCGGAUGGGUUAAUCCAGCGCUUCGAGGAGCACGAAGACUCCAUCUACAGCUGCUGCUGGAGCGCCACCGACGCAUGGGCGUUCGCGUCGGUGUCGUACGACGGCAAGCUCGUGGUGAACAGGGUGCCGGGGGAAGAGAAGUACCGCAUCCUGCUGUAGCCGUGACCGUGUGGGUCCCGUGCCCGCUCCCGCGACCUCGCCCGUCGCUCGCUCGUGUGCGCUCUCGGCGCGGAAGGGGGAAGCUCAGAGGGGCCUCGCGCUGGAAGCGGCAGAGCGCGCAGCGCGUGGCCUUGUAGUCCCGCGCGAGGCAGCUGGGACUGCGCAGCGCGGCGCGCCUCUUUCCUUUGCUGGCGCCGGAGGCGUCGAAGCUCGCAGCGCAUUGCCUUCCUCCACGCGCGAGGCGGCCAAUGGGGCUGCGCAUCGUUGCUUCCAAGCAGCGGCGCGGCCCCUGACAGGAGCGAUGCGCCUGUUUUCCCGUCGGGGCCAGAUGAUGGGCGGCAGGAAAGGAGGUUCCCAUUCCAUGCGCCAUAACGCCAUG